AUGCCAUCUGAACAGAAACAGUUAUUUUCUGAUGAAAAUCAAGCUACUUUAAAAAAAGAUUAUGAUGUGGAAAACAACAUAGUUGAUACUAUCAGAUCAGUAAUUAAGCCAGAAAUUUUGGAAAGUAGUUUUCAUUAUAAACUGAAAAAUGUGAAAAUUGAUUUGCCGAAGAUAAACAUUCCAAAUGAAGUCCUAUUGAAACAUGAAGUUGACAAAUACAGAAAACUAUUUCAGCAUAAAUCACAGACUGCAAGGAAAUCUAUCAAUAUGAAGACUGGAAGCUGUACAGAGGAGUUGCUCCGUAAGUCUGAGAAAGUUGAAGAAACGGGUAUAAAAAUGUCUGCAAAAGUACUCAGUUUCAACUGUUUAAAAUGCCAAGAUAGCACUCGAUAUAGCCCAAAUGAUUUGCAAAAACACUUUCAAAUGUGGCACCAGGGUGAAUUACCUUCCUAUCCUUGUGAAAUGUGUAGUUUUUCAGCAAGUGACUUCCAGUUAUUUAAACUACACAGACGAAUCCAUAGAGGCACUUCAGUCAAAUGUGACAUUUGUAAUGAUGAAAAAAUAUAUACUUUAUUAGACUUGACAAAACAUUUUAUAUCCACACAUUGUGUAAAUGGUAGUUUUCAAUGUGAAAAGUGCACAUUCUCCACCCUGGAUGUUGGCACAUUUGUUCAGCACAUUCAUAGACAUAAUGAUGUCCAUUAUAAAAAUGAUAAAUACCAUCAUGUAUAUUUAAGCAGAGGAGACAUGCAGAAGCACCUUAAUAAUGUUCAUUCUGUUACAUUUCCCUUCAAUUGUAAAUAUUGUAGGUUUGGUACCUCAAAAAGAGAGUACCUUGUGAGACAUGUUUUAACUUUACACAAAGAACAUUUAUAUGCGAAAGAAAAACUGGAAAAAGAUAAAUAUGAAAAAAAGAUGGCACAGACUUCAGUAGGACUUAAGCUAAUACUUAAAAGAUACAAAAUAGGUACAUCUAGGAAGAUAUUCUGGAAACGUAAGAAAAUCAACAAUGAAAGUGAUCAAAGUAUAGAACAAAACACUGAAGUGCUUAAAAACAUGAACAAAACACAGGCUAACUCUGAAGACCAGAGCCGUCUUACUCAAGAGCAUUUAAAUGAAGAAAAGGAUGAACGACUGCACUGUGAGAAUAACGAUAAAACUGCUGAGUCAGAGUCAGAAAAGCAGACUCUUCUGUCCACUGGACAGUAUAAUAAAGCUGGAGAGCUAUCAAAUAUUACUUCUGGUUCCUCAAAAACUGCUGUACAAGGGCCUACAGUGGUAACCGUGAAAAAUAAUAGAAUAACAGUUCCAGCUAACUAUAGUGCUAAGUUUAUGGGCUUCAAGAUGGUGGAUGGAAAACAACAUAUUGUAAUAAAAUUGUUGCCUACCAUUAAACAGAAUUUAUGUUCACCAAGCUCACAGUCAGAUGCUGCAAGAGACAGUACUGCUAAUUUGCAGCUGCCGUCUUUGGACUCCACUGGAUUUUUAACAAGAGUAAAAACUGAGAAAGACAGUGUGUCAUCUAAUCAGACUGCAGGAGGAGAGCAAAAAGAGCCAGACUCUUCUAGAGAUGCCUUACCCUUCUUACUAGAUGAUAUGAUGCCAGCAAAUGAAAUUGUGGUAACUUCUACUGCAACAUCUGAAUCUUCUGAGGAACCAGUACAUGCCAGUGUCCAUUCGGAGGCCAGAUUAUUGAGGUGUAAAACAAAUUGUACCAUUGGAAGAAGCUUUCAUAAACAAAAGACUUCACCCCAAAAUUUUUCAAGAAUAAAAACUCAUGUAAGAAGUAAAGAUUCUGAAAUUGGCAGUGUAUCCAGAAACAGAAACUGUAAACGGAAGUGUAGGGAUAGUUACCAAGAACCUCCAAGAAAAACAACAUUACAUAGAAAGUGUAAAGAAAAGGUUAAACCUGAAGAUGUCCAUGAAUCAUUUGGAUUCAGCAGAACUAGGCUUUCAAAAGAUUCAGUCAGAACAUUGCGACUUUUCCCCUUUAGUUCCAAACAGCUUGUGAAAUGUCCCAGGAGAAAUCAACCAGUUGUAGUGUUGAAUCACCCGGAUGCAGAUGCACCAGAAGUAGUAAAUGUAAUGAAAACGAUUUCCAAAUUUAAUGGACAUGUACUUAAGGUUUCAUUGUCAGAAAGAACUCUCAGUGCUUUGCUGAAACCAGUUUGUUAUAAGUCUUUUAAAACAACUUGUGAUUUUUCCAAGAGGCACAAAACAUUGAAACCUAUUAGUUCAGUGAAAGAAAGAUUUGUACUAAAACUAACACUCAAAAAGACAAGCAAAAACAAUUAUCGGAUUGUGAAAACUACCUCUGAAAAUGUUCUGAAGGCUACAUUUAACUGCUGGUUUUGUGGGAGAGUAUUUGACAAUCAGGAUGCUUGGGCUGGUCAUGGGCAGAGACAUUUAAUGGAAGCUACUCGUGAUUGGAAUAUGAUAGAAUAA